GUUCGGUAUUUUGCUCAAAGUGUAGAGCGAGCUGAGCGGAGCCGUAAUCACGUGACCAGCGAGCGAACGGAGCAGUUGAACGCCGUAUAAAAGUACCGGAAAUUUUAAUAAACGAACGCGAAUGAGGCUGCACCGAGUACACUUUUUAAAUAAACGAACGGUAAAGUCAAGCUCGGAGAACUCAGACCAAAAUAACGAACGCAAGGUUGAGAUUCGUCAUCGAAAGCCGUCGGUCGAAUGCACAAAGCUGAACUGUCACCAUUCGCUGCGACGGUUUCUGGGUGUGGUGUAUUUGAUUCGAAUUUCAUCAGUUUCUUUCUCUUUCGUGUACGUGUAACGGUAACGUCCGGCGGGGAUUCACACAGUCCACACGUGUGAAUUCCGAGUUUAAUGCCAACGUUUGCAUUUUCUAUGCGAAUCGCAUUUUGCAAUUAGGUACUUAGGUAGUUCAGUUGCGUUUUGUAAGUUGGUGCUUUAUUCAAUUUUAUUCUCGAUUUUAUUAUUCGCGGUGGGAUACAAAUUUUGGAAUUUGAAAAUGACUGAUUUUGCUUCGGAUUCUUCAUAUAGUGAAGCUAGUAUUAAAAUGAGCGAAAGCGGCGAGUAUACAGAUAGUGAUGUUGACGUUGACGCUAUAAGCGAUGGAUUCAAAAAGCUCAAGGCUUUACCGUGCCCUGAAACAUGCGUCGAGAUUCCAAGAAAAAUCACACCACCAGCCAAACCUGCCCCUGAUAGCAAUCAGAAGCGUAGGACUCGAAAGGAUCGCCAUCAAUUCCUGAAUAAUAGUCCUUCACCAAAAUUACCAAUAGAACCUAAAGCGGUUGAACAUGAAAUGUGGGAUCCCAAUACUGAUACACCAAAGGAAAUUAAUAUCUUACUUCUUGGAGAAUCUGGUGUUGGGAAGUCAACUUUUAUUAAUUCAUUCGCCAAUUAUAUGAAACACGAAAAUUUUGAGGCAGUGCAAAGAAAUAAUUUGAGCGUUCUGAUCCAGGCUCGAUUCAAUAUUUUUGAUAAGGAUUUCAAAAAACAUCUUAUCGAAAUUGGAGCUAAUGAUGCCAAUGAAUAUUUAGCCGAUGGUGCAGCUGCCACCCAAGACGUUAAAACAUACGUAUUUUACGUUUAUAUUGAAAAUGUACCUUAUAUGAUCAGAUUGAUUGAUACGCCGGGAAUGGGCGAUCCAAGGGGCAUUGAUCAGGAUAAUAAGAAUUGCGAUUAUGUGCUAAAUUAUCUUGGGAGAUUAGAAAAAGUGCACGCCAUCUGCUUGCUUCUCAAGCCAACUAAUACCCGCUUGGAUGUGUUUUUAAACUACUGCGUUACGCAAAUUUUAUCACGUUUGGAAAAAUCUGCCACUGAAAAUAUUUCGUUCUUGUUUACCAACACGAGAGGCCAAAAUUACACACCCGGAGAAACAUAUACGUCUUUGGAAGUGUUAGUAAGGAAAAUCAAAGAUGUGAACAAUGUUCAUUUGCCGUUGAGUAAAAAUAACGUUUUCUGUUUUGACAAUGAAGCAUUCAGAUUCUUGGCAUCCAUAAAAGAAAAUGUGGAAUUUAGAGAAGGGAUUUUGGAAGCGAAUAUUGAAAGCUGGAAAUAUUCUUAUACAGAAGUUUACAGGCUAUUAUCUUAUAUCGUCGCACUAAAACCUCAUGAUCCAAAGAAAACCAUUAGCAUCAACCAUGCCCGAAAGAUGGUUUUACAAUUGUCUCAACCCUUGGCUGAAAUUGUACAAUUGAUUGGGGACAAUAUUUAUGAGCUGGACCAACACACCAAACAGCUUUUGGUAGAGAAUCAAUCUUUGGAACAACUGAAACAGAAAUUGCACAUGCCAGUAAUUGAUAUCAAAGCCAUGGAAUUGUCACAGCCUGUGACUGUUUGUACUUCUCCUAAUUGCAGUGCAAUUUAUAAGGUAGCAGGUAAAAACAAGUUUCAUUAUAAACAACGAUGCCAUAAUCCCUGUUACUUGAAUAACGUUCCUGCGGAAAUAGUUGGUGAUCCGCAUCUGUUACAUUGCACCGCUAUGCAUGGUACUUCCGUUUGUCAAGAAUGCAAUUGCCGCUAUAACACUCAUAUGCAUAUAUACUAUGAAACGGAAACAUUUGAAAACAAAAUUGUUGAUGAAAAUGUUUUGAAGAAUAUUAACACUAAGGAGGAUGCAGCAAAAGAAAAACAACGAAUCAUUAACGAAGUGUUAAAUAGGAAAGAAGAAUUUGAGAAGGAGCACACCACUAUCAUUAAGUGUUCAGCAGCGUUCGCACAUUUUCUACAACGAAAUGCAAUCACGCCUAUUAAUGAUUCUUUAAAGGAGUAUGUGAAAUAUUUAAUAUCCAGGCAAGAAAACCUAGGUCCAAGUGCCAAUAAGGAAACUUUGGAUUACUUGCGAAAGCUUCUUGCAGAAUAUGAACAAGAAAAGGCAGUUCUUGAAGAAGCACUUAAACUGGACACCGCCUCAAAUGUAAUAUUUGAUAAUUCUCCAAAUGCAAUUGAAAAGAAAAUUCAAGAACUGUUCACUCUACAUCAUUUUGGUAAAAAAAUUAAGUUACUCUACGAUUUACAUCAAUCUGGUGGAAAAAUAGAGCACAAGCAAACUGAAUUUAUCGUGAGGGAAAAAUACAAAAUAUCCAAUAUCAUUAAAUCGGUCGGAAACUCAAUCAUGAGUGUUAUUGGCUACAACAAAAAAUCACAAAAGGAAAAUCAAAAUUCAAAUGUAACCAGUCGCCAAAUGGAAUUAGAACAAAGUCAAUAUUUCAGAGGUAUUAUGACAAGACAAGAAAUGGAAGCGCUUGCAACGCUUAACCCUAAUAUGUAUCAAGGAAAUCCCUGGCAAGACCAAUCAUUUUUCUUUGGCAAUUCCAACUCUGCCAAUGCAGCACCCUACUUGCCGAGGCCACACGAACAAGACCAAUCCUAUUUUUAUACCCACCAAAAUGAUUACCAUUUGCGUCAAUUGUCACGCAAUGGACAAAAUUGGAAUGAUAAUGCUGCCAAUAACUCAUAUUAUCGAAAUGAUGGUCAAGAAAAUUCAGCAGAUGAUCCUGGUGAAUAUUAUCGUCUGCAACAAAAGGCAAUAUUAGAUGAACGUGAUAACUUGAGAGGCAAUACUGCUACUAGAAGAUCAUUUUAUGAUCACCAGAAUAAGCAACAUAAUUAUGCAAAAAAUAAUGUGACCAUGGAUCAAAACACUAAUACGAUUGGCAAUCCAAAACCACUUAAAGAAAAGCAGAACAGUGGUGAUGGCGAAUGCGAUGCCUUGAGCCUGAAAGGCAAUACUGCUAAGAGAGGAUUCUCCUGGCGAAAAAAUGAAAAGGCCAGAAAACAAAACAGCAAUGAUGGAAAUGGGAAUUCCACGGAAAAUUCAAAUAAAAAAUAUGUGGGCAAGAAGAAGCAGAAAGCUAUUCAGAGUGCGGAUGACAUAAACAGUGCAAGAGCUGCUGCAAGUGAUAACCAGGAGGAUGAUUCCAUGCAGAUCGUCAGAAAAGGCAAAAAGAACAAAAAGAAAAAAUUAAAAUUCAAAAAUUAAAACAUUAAUUUUUUUAUUUUAUGUUGGACAUAAUCCAUCAUAUUAUUCAUAUUUUUAGGGGUUUGUUGGAAAAAUUCCAUUAUUAUUUCAAGUAAUUGAAAUGUUUUUUUUUACUAUUUCUUUAGUAUGUGUAGAAUGUUUUGUUAGAAUAUUUCCAUGUUUUGGUGCUAUCACGAUAGCACGAAAAAAAUCCAUUAUUGUUUUAGGUUAUUGGUGUUACUUUGGGUAUUACAAAAUAGUCUUGUUCUUACUAUUUUUAUAGCAUGUAAGAAUGUUUGAUUCAGUUAGAUAGGUAUUGGAAUAUUUUUUGCUUUUGGUAUUAUGACGUGUAACAUGGAUAGCACAAAAUCGAGGUCACAAUAAAAUUGUUAUUUUUUUGAAUUUUCUGUUUGGGAAAACUAGCUUAUCUUUCCCAUGCUUACCGACACCCGUCUGACUCAGUCAUGUCGAAAUGCGUCUCUUCUGAGAACUGCACUAUGCAGCAAGAAACAUUUUCAACUUUGAGUUGAUUUUGUUGUGAAACAAGAAACGUAUUUAUGUUCCGCAAAGUUGAAGACUGAAGACACCAAAGAAUGGUAAUUUUGGGGAAUUUACGCUCAGAUCAUGAUAUUCCCUUUAUACAGAAAAAUUUGGAUGUAAAAGCAGCUUUUUUUAUUUGACCUCAAUUUUUGGCUCUUUAGAGUAAAUUUUGUUACCUAUCUAGUAUUAGGUUAGGGUAUGCUUAUAAUGUUACAGAUGACAAGCAGGACGUUCAUUUUAUACAGUAGGUCCACCAAAAAAUUGAUUACCUAUAUUUAUAGGGCAAGUGGGCUUAUUCUUGGUUUAUUGUAUACAUUCCAUUAUUAUUUCAGUAUAGUUUUUUUUUUCAUGUGAAUGUAUGGAAUUAUUGAGUUUCUUUUAUAUGAGUAUUAUAAUAGUUUUAGUGCUGUUGCAAUAUCAAAUAUUGUUUCUAUGUUAUUAUUCUUUAAUAAAAAUUACCUCGGUACUCAGUUUAA